UCAUUCCUAUUUCAGCCAUUACCCGCGAAUAGCCGGCCAUCAGUGCGUCAACCCAAUAGCAAGAAUGUUCAUGUCUCAAAUUGCCGUCAUCAUCUGCCUGGCUCUCGUCGGCUCUGCCAACGUGGUUGUAGCGGGCAAAUGCUCCGAUCAUGUCCUCUCCAUGAAAGCCGACGGCGGCUGGUCGGGUUUCGAUGGCGAAGAAUCCGGCAGCAGCAACCAAUACGACUUUACGGCCUGCUCGGCCGUCUUCAGCACGUUCGAGAGGCAUCUUCCGCAAGUGCAUAAUUUGAUCAACGAGCACAUCGCUCAGAGCUUCGUUUACUCGAUUAUGUCGAGCCACUUCGACACGGACGCGGAGAACCGUUUGGGAUUCGGCAAGUACCUGGCCGACCUGGCCGACACGAUGUGGAACAAUGCCGUCGAAAUUGUCAAGUACACUGGAAAGCGAGGCGGAAGCGUCGCUCCGCUAAUGGAUAACUCGUCAGGCACCGGCCUCCGCAUUUCCGGUGAUCUCAACCAAGGCAUCCGACCCUGGACUGAAAUUGAAGCUCUGGCUUUAGUCCACGAUCAGCACCACGCUUUGUCUUCCAAGAUCCACCACCUUCACGGAAGUACUCGGGACACCUCCUUGAGCCACUUUUUGGAGAACCAGUUUGUAAAUAAGAACGUCGAGCUCAUCCGCCAACUUUCCGGAUUCUUGACCAACUUGGUGCCCAUGAGCCAAGAGACCAGCGGCAGCGAUUUGGCUCUUUACCUUUUCGACCAAUCACUCGCUUAAAAAUGUUGGCCGUUUGAAAUCCCCCCCCCCUUCCCCCCAAAUCAUCAACGGACCAUUAGAUUGUUAUUAGUUAAAAAGAAAAUAAAAAGAGAAUACAACAUAAUCGCAAUUGUUCACGA